AUGCUAGUGGAAGUUACGGUCGAAAAGAAGAUCGAACAUCGAAGGGACUUGAUACCCCGACAAUUCUUCCAAUAUUUUGGAGAGAGAUGGAAAUCCACGUGGACGUCAUUCCCACGUGGAUAUCGAUUGGAAAAGUCAGAUUGUGAUAUUCGAAUCGGCUCGAUUUUUGUGUGAAGAAUUCAAUCGAUAUUUGCUGGCUCAAAUACUUAUGAUUAUAGCACUGGAAAUUUAAGGUAAUUUCGUUUAAAAUUAUUUUUUGCAUCUGGAAAAAUCAGACAAAUUUUCAGGAAUUCUACAAGUUUCGGAGAAAUCAAGCAAACCAUGGACCUGAUCCCCAUGUGGAACCAAUCAAUUUGGAAUCAAUCAAAAAUUUGGGAAUUGAUACCCCAAAUUAGAAGCGAAAAGCCAAUUUGAAGGUGAGUUUUUUGCUCAAUUUUCCCCCUCAAACUCACUUUUUUCUCCCUUUUUUCGAAAAUUCAAAAAGUGUGCAAACACCGUUGCGCGCUACAGUAAUACAUGUUUAUUUAUUUUUUGGAUUUUUCAGAAGCUGCUGGCUUUGGAUUUGGUGGAAGGAAUCGGGACCUAA